AUGAAAGAUACGGAACGACCUGUUAGGCUGGGUAAUCUCUCCGGCAGUCUUCGUGGGAGAUUCAGGCGUAUUGGUCUGAUGGAAGAUCUGAAUGAAAGUAUCCAAGCAACCGAAGAUGCCACAUCAUCCACAGCAGAUCCGAAAUCCCCGAAACAGAGGUCGAAACUAACUAUGUUCAAGGUGAAUCUGGCUGCCGAGACAUUUGAGCGAUCCAUGCGAAAUGGGAGUUCUGCCGAUCUUGAUAAGGCCAUCGAAUUGGCAAGGGAAACCAUUGUGCACAGGGAUCCAAAUCGUGCUCAUCGUCUGAACAACAUUGGGAAAUAUCUCAACUGGAAAUUCUCACGAUCAAGAGACGUGAAGCAUAUUGAUGAGGCAGUCAAAUACCUUCGCGAGUCUCUUACAGAGUUGUCCAACGAUGACGAUACUGGCCGUGUAGUUACUCUCGAUAAUCUCGCCACCGCUCUAGAUGAUAGAUCUCAGCUGGGGAGUCAACUGGCUGACGUCGAAGAGAGUGUUCAACUUGUCAGAGAAGCUAUACGUAUCACGUCUGACAGUCAUUCAUCAAGGGCUAGGAUACUCGGCAGUCUGGGAAUGAUGCUGGAACGCAAGUUCAAUCGUACAAAACAAGACUUUCGCUACCACGAUGAGGCUAAACGCAUAUUCUUGGCAGCUUUGAACUUGGCCAACGGCGAUAUCGCUUCGCGAAUGUACAAUGUCGCUAAGACUCUUAUGGACCUGAUCCCUUUAUGGGUUCCUCUUAGUCUGAAGCCCUCUGAUAAGCAGUAUUUUCUUUCUUCUGUGGUAGACCUCCCGUCGAAUGCCGCGGCAAUAUCUCUAGAGAUUGGAAAAAGCCCAUUAUCUGCCGUCAAACUUCUUCACAACAAGCAUCCAGAGCUGGCUCGACGAUUCAAUGAGAUUCGCAAUGUCAUUGAUGCUUCAGCCAGAGAUGAAGAGAACGAUACUUUCUUCGAAACGGAAGGUCUAGAUGUUGGUUCCUUGCCGAAUACUUUCGCGACUGAUCGACGCCACAAUGUCAGCAGUCAGAUGAGUGGUCUUUUGGAAGAGAUCAGACGCAUUCCGGACCUCGAAGACUUUCUCCUCGCUGGAAGUGAGACUGAUUUGAGGCAAGCGGCGAUGGAUGGUCCCAUCAUAAUCAUCAAUGUGAGCUCAUACCGAUGCGAUGCGUUGGUUAUUCAGCAAGGUGGAAUCGAGGCUAUCGAACUUACAAGGCUCCGAAGAGAUGAUAUUGUUCGGCGUUUACCAAAUGUAGAGUCUCUGGAGACGCUCGAAUGGCUUUGGGAUGACAUUGUCAAUCCCAUCUUAACCUCCCUCGGAUUCGUCGAAACUCCAGCAGAGGGAGAAACUUGGCCACACGUUUGGUGGAUUCCCACAGGACCACUUGUUCGCUUCCCGCUGCACGCUGCAGGCUACCACCUGAAGGGCGACUCCCACUCAACACUCGACAGAGUUGUGUCAUCUUACAGUUCAUCAGUCAAAGCCAUCACAAUCACCCGCCAGGAACGAUCACUCAGGAAGGAUUCAAAUCGAGAGUCAAGCGCUGUACUGAUCGCCAUGCCAGAUACCCCAGCUCAAGGAUCGCUCUGGCAUGCAAGCAGUGAGAUUGACGAGGUGAAAGCCAUCUGCGAGAGCAUGGAAAUCUCCUGCCUUGAGCCUGAAAGUAAACAAAAAGAGGUUUUGGAAGCGCUUAGUACGUGCACGCUGUUCCAUUUUACUGGCCAUGGCGGAUCGAAUCCCAUCGACCCGCUCCAAAGUCGUCUGCUGUUGAAUGACUGGCAAGAUCGUCCUCUCACAGUGGAAAACUUGUUGGAGACAAAGCUCCAAGUUCGCCAGCCUUUUCUAGCCUAUCUCUCGGCAUACGGAACAAGUCAAAUUCGGGACAUGAGAUCUGUUGAUGAGAAUAUUCAUCUGGCCAAUGCCUUUCAGCUAGCUGGGUUUCGGCAUGUCAUAGGAACAUUGUGGGACGUUGACGAUGCAUUGUGCGUUGACGUGGCAAAGGCCGUUUAUGAGAAUCUCCGAGAUCAUGGGGUUGUGGAUGAGUCUGUCAGCAUCGGCCUUCAUUCCGGCUUGAGGCUGCUUCGAGAUCGAUGGGUGGCCAGUCAAGCCCCAAUAUUGGUAUUGCAAGACAGCCAGACGUUCAAAUCAUCGCGAGAGGAUGGCGAUCAGUCAAGAGGUAUGAUUUUGGAAAACUACAGCAUGGUCACGAGGCCAUUAUGGGUUCCCUACAUUCAUUUUGGCGUCUAA